AUGAUGCUCUAAGAACACUAAAUAAACGUGGAUAUCCCACAUUAAGAUUAGGAAAACAUUUUAUACUAAGGAUCAUAAGUUAGAAACUUGUCCCCCCUUUCAAAGAGCGACAUCAGAUUCGAUAAUAGAUUAACAAUGAUCAAGUCCACUUAAAGCCCUCGUAAAGAACACUUGUAAUUAGAAAUUUCGAAGCUUAGAGACUAAUCAAAAAAGCUUUUGGAAAUGAUUGAUUCAAUGGGAAAAAGAGAAAUAGAAAAGAAUAAAAAAAUUUAGUAUUAAAAUUCUAUUAUUUCAGAUUUAAAACUUCGUUUAAGCUAGCUAAGCUCUUCUUAGAUUGAGAAUACACCAUUAACAUAGAGUUAAUAUGAAAAUUAAUAACCUGAGAAUGGAAUUUCAGAUUAAGAAAAAAGAAAGCAAGAAGAAAACGAAGUAUUCCUUGCUCUUAUAGAAGAGAUGAAGCUUAAAUAAGAUGAAAUUGAUUCUCUUUACUAAAAGGUUAAUCAAUUAGAAGAAUAAGUCAAAACAUUUUAAAUCUAAUAAAUAAAUUUUGAGCAAUUUUAACAAACACUCAAUGAAAAAGAUCAAAAAAUAGAAGAAAUUUAGUAGAAAAUUGCAGAAAGUAUUUAAGAAAAAAGAAUUCAAGAACCAGUAAGUGUAGACUUAACUGAUAUAAAGCAAACUAUAGAAAACCAUGAUACUUAGGUUAACCACCUCUCAAAGAUAGUAGAAGAUUAGCAACUUCAACUCAGAAAAAAUACUAUGACGAUUAAAUAGCUAAGUGAUAGUAAUAGAUCUUUAACUACAAAAGUUAAACAGUUCGAAGAUGAAAAGGGAUCUGGUUGGAGAUCUCUCUUUAAUUUCAUCAAAGAAUUGUUUAUAGUUGUUAUUAUUUCUGCAUUAUUUUCUGGUUUAAAAUAUUAUAUUUCAAUAAUAUGA